UCUCCAGAUGGCGGGUGAGGGCGAGCGAGCCCCCCUGGGUACCUUUGAGUGCCAGCUCUGCGCCCUCACAGCGCCUUACAGCUACGUGGGCCAGAAGCCCCCCAACACCCAGUCCGUUGUCCUGCUGGAGGAGAGCUACGUCAUGAAGGACCCCUUCUCCCCUGACCAGCAGCGCUUCCUGGUGCUGGGCUCGCGGUGCAGCGCGUGUGGCCGGCUGGUUUGCGUGGGCCAAGGAUGCAGCUUGUUCUACUGCCGACGCUUCUGCCUGCCCUGCGUCCGCGAGAACCUCAGCGCCUUCCCGCAGGAAAUCCGGCAGGACCUGGACAAGAGGAAAGCGUCCGCCAAGAAGCCGGCUGGCCGGCCUGGGGCCCAGCCGUGAGGGCAGCCGGCCAG